CCGCGUCGGUGUUGCAUAAUAGCAUGUCGUUGGCUAUUCAAAAAGCACAAUUAUUGACUGGCAAUAUGGUUUAAGCGAUAAAACCACUAUGAACAUAUCCUCAGCAGCAUGGAACUCAUUUGGAUUUGGGAUCUUGUUGGACGUGUAGGGAGAGUCUUAGCGACGUCGUUGACAUACGUCGUCACCAUAGCCUCACUUGCACUCUCGACUAUUGCAGUGUACAGAAUUGCAUUUCAUCCGCUAUCAGGUAUCCCAGGACCGAAGCUUGCCGCGCUGUCAAACGUCUGGUAUGCGUAUCAAGUCCGCAAUGGAAGGGCUGCGAUCCUCGGCAAAACACUACACAGAAAAUAUGGUCCAGUUGUACGGGUAGGACCAAACGAGGUGUGGUUUGAUUCCAAGGAGGCCUUUGACGUCAUCUACGGUACGAGUGGGAAGGGCCUAGAGAAAUCCGACUUUUACUUGGCGACGAGUCUUAGCAAGCCCCAAUUUGAUAGACUGUUGAACCCUACGUUCCCUGACACACUUGAUUUGUUAUCGGAGCGAGAUGUCAAAAGAUAUCGUGUACAGCGCCGUCUCAUUGGCCCGACCUACAAGGCAGCAAAUGUUGCCAAAUACGGUAGCUCUGUUGAUAAAACACUCGAUCGGAUUAUUGAGCGUUUAGAUAUGCUCAAGGGUCAGAAGAUUGACUUGAAAGAAUGGAUGCACAUUACUGCAGUUGAAUGCCUUGGGGCUAGUGUACUCUCGUGGUCCCCAGGUAUGCUCAAGGCUGGUACGGAUUGGUCCUCGAGCAAACACAGUUACAUGGGUUGGCGUCGAAAGAGUGUAUUUGGACUAUUUCCGCCCAUGUCGAAGAUGGAUAUGUGGUCAAGCACUCUUGGUCGGCGUUUUGGCAACCUCUGGGGGGUGACGUUUCCGACGCCCAAGAACUUUCGCGCCUUUUUCCCUGACGUUGCGCGGAAAGUAAAGACUCGAUGCAAAUCAGCGUUAAGUGCGCACCCGACUAAAGACGUGCGCAAUGACCUUUUGGCAGAUCUUAUACUGCUGCAUCAGGAACGUCCCGAGUUCACCGCACAAUACUUGACAAAAAUGGCCAUGACGAACUUUGGCGCCGGCCAUGAAACAAUGGCGUCUACAUUGACAUCGGUUCUGUGUGCGCUGGGAUCUAACAAGAGCAUUCAGCAACAAGUUCGCAAUGAAAUAGCACAAGCGGCCAAGCCCAUUGACUUGUCAGACCAGACUCAGCUGCAGCUGACCCGAGCAGUGAUUAAAGAGACCAUGCGCCUCCGACCUGUUAUUGCCAUGGGGCUACCUCGCGAAGCAGCCUCCGAUCUGGUAAUUGGAGGUUGCUGGAUACCCAGAGGUACCACAGUCGGCUGUAAUCCCAUUGCCUUACACCGGAACGAAGCAAUAUGUGGCUCAGCGCCAGACGACUUUCAGCCUCAGCGAUGGCUGGACGAUGCCGAACGUUUAAAGUCCAUGGAGAGAUAUAACCUCAGCUGGGGUGGUGGCUCCAGAAGUUGCCCGGGUCGCCAUCUUGCGGAGCUCAUUGUCCUUCGAGUGGUGGUGGCCUUGGUGAAAUCGUUUGAGAUUGAUGUGACGAUACCACCAGAAGAGGAGAUGCCGUCGUAUUUUUUGUCGAUGAUGACCGGAGUUUCGGCGACAUUGUUAUCCUUGGCAGAUUGAAAUAUUGACACGGAACAUAUUGGUUUACGAACAGCGAAUUCUCCGCAGUAAUGAGCUUGAGCAGCCUAUACACACUGCCGACAAGAACGAGAGUUGGUUGCGAUCCACAGCCAAGCAAGCCUUCGCGUGGCAGAACACAAGGCGGCGCAACUCGUACCCCAAACGCCAAGCGCGCGACGACUAUGGGAGUUAUGUACGCCUAUUGUUCCUCAUCUACAUGGGGUUCCCGGUGGUGGCAAUACGCCACCGUCCCGUGCAAAAUGCUCCAAGAAAGCCAUGGCGAGCGCGGAAAUACUGCUCUGUGGCGGAAUUUACAAGUGAAAUGCCACGAAUAGCCGCUUGAUUCCGUCAAGGGGCUUCACAUUGUCAGGAAUAGCUGAUCUACAAACCAAGCGUGGAUCAGCGGUAGAAUGCUCGGCGAAGAGUUGAGACGGUGGCCACCGCGUGCAAGUAAUGGUACGGGAUCUCCUGUUGCUGCUGACAGCACCCUUAUGCCCAAUCACCUUACCAACCAGAAGAUAUGGUAUUUAUGUAAUGAAAACACAAAGCAAGGCUUUAUUGCGCUUCGUCUCAAUUCAAGCACAUAUUCGCUCACACGCGCAUGUGUGGUCCUCGCGGGGAAGUGCGGGCAGUGUUCCUGUUUCCAGAAGGCCUGGGGCAUAGUCUGGGCAAGACGCCAAUGGCUGAAUUGGGGAUUCUAAUUUCCGGGCGGUAGAAAACGUGUUAACGAGACUGGUCCGCCAACAAAGACCAGACUAACAGACGGACUGGGGAGCAACUCAUCUGGGCCAAGCCGUCGUGGGUCACGCCAGGAGAGGGAUGCUUUGCGCUAGACAGCCUAAUGCACAGGAGCAAUAGCGACAGAAGCAGGACAAUAGCGCGGGCGAGCCACCAAGUAGGCGAGCAGACAAGCAGGCUGUGAUGAUGAUAGUAGCGUCCUGCAAUGCACCACACCACACCACCUCUCCCUGGACCAGCCGACCUGCUGAUCUGUGCGCGCACAACCAACCACAAACCGCAAACGAGUUGUGGCGUGCGCACUAACGCCUACAUGCUGCUAAGCGCCAAGCUACGCUAAGGGUCGACGGGUUCUGGGCGCAAACGCCUCGUUUUUGCAGGCGUCGCGUAGUGGAGGUUGGCAGAGGCUAAUCUUGCUCCGGGGCAGUUCCAGAAAGAGAAUAACAUCAGGUAAUGGGUUCAUUUGGGCCCCAAGCGGCGUGCAGCCAGUCUUGAGCACACUGUUUGGUACAUGUGAGUGUCUUUGCUUUUGGUCGUGUGCUCUGUGUUUGACAUGAUAGGGCAGCGUUUUUUGUUAGUGGUUGUCGGGACGCGGGGGCGGUGCUGAUUACAGUACAAUACUAACUAACCUCCCCCACCCGCCAAGCGGCCGCAUUGACUCGCUGCAUAGGGAGUGACAGAGGACAGACGGCUAAAUGGCGUGAUGGAAGUUCCAUGUCACAAAUUAAAAUGUAUUUGUAUAGAUUACACGCUAUCUUCUGUCU